AUGAAGGAUGAUAGUGAAAAAAUAAUUAAAAUUAAUGAGAAAAUUAGUUCACCUGAGUCUGUGGGAUUACUAUUUACUGAUAAAAAUCAAAUUUCUGUUUCUUUAGUUGGUUCUUUUAUUUUUUGGUGUAUGAAAAGGGAUAUCCAUAGAGUAACUGUUUAUGAUCCAUGGAAUUUAAUAAGUAAUUAUGAACAUGAAUUGGUUUUGGAAUCGCAAAAAAUAUUAUGUAACUAUAAUUCAACUAGAAAUAUUAAGACAAAUGAAUAUAUCAAGUUAUAUGUAUUAGGUCCAUCAACGUGUUAUAAUGUUUUAUCAAAGGUAACUAAGCAAAUAUGUAUGGAGCAUGAAAAUAUUGGCAAAAACAGUAUAAAUGAAAGAUUAAUGAAAGAAUAUAUUUAUGAAGUUGAUUUAUUAGUACGUGUUGGUGAUAUUCCUUCUUUAUGUGGAUAUCCAUGUUGGGCUAAUAAACAUUAUGUAACUGAAAUUGAAUUUGAUAAUUUAUUAGCUACCUUCACUUCUAGAGAUCGUCGAAAGGGAAAAUAA